AUGCAACCGCUAAAUCCUUUCCUUGCCGCCUUCUUCAAGAGCCCCGUUGUUGCCCAGUGCACGCCUGUUCAUCAUCAUAUCCUCCUCGUCCCACUGACCGACGAGCUUCUGACCUCGCGCGAAACCGACAGCGGCGCCGCCGCCGCCAGCGAGGUCAUCGCAUCGGAGGAGUUCCUAAGCAGUCAUGUCCUACGCAUCCCAUCAUCUGGCGUCUCCUCGGGUGGUAAAGAUGGCGUCCACAACUUGCGCGAUGUGAGGGGCAAAGCAAGGCAGUUUUCAACCUUGAAUGGAAGGAGCGUCGUUAUCAAAGAUUCUGUGGUAUAUUGUAGCAAAGGCUUCAAAACGUUUGCGCAGGCACAUAUUCUAAACGAUGCGAUUUGGUACCCCGAUGUUUUCGAAGCCCGGCAAUGGCUACUAUAUUUCAUUGCAAAACCCUUGGUCGGUUCUUGGGAGGAAAUCAAGAUUUUACCAGCAAUAUUGGGCCACGGUGUCAGCAAAACCACGACUUUGGGUACCAAGAACUUAAACGGUUCGGACACUGCCGAGGGUACAGUCCCUACAAAGAAAGAUAUUAGGAGCUUUCACGAGUUGCUGAACAACUUUCCGAUGAUUGCGCGACAAAUGCAACCUGGCCUUGAAAAGCUAUUUUUGGAAUUCACAACUGCCUUCGAGAAACCUUUGCCGCCACCGCCAUCUGCCUCAAGAAUACCUGACCCUCCACCCGAAGGCCCAAUAACUGCAGCAAUGCGAAGAGCACGCUCGAACAGUUUCUCCAUCCGCAGUGGCAAGGCCGUCAACCGUGAUACACUUCCAGUAAUGGAAGACUUUUACGCCGAAGACGACGAGGAUGUAAUGAGAGCUUCAUUAGAGACCGCCGUCACUGCGGCCAUUGACUUGUUUCAGAGCGUCGACAAGCAACAGCUGUCUCUUCUUGGGGCCACGACGGACUUGACUGGGCCUCUGGUAGAAAAACUCAUUGAACGUUAUGUCACCGAAAAUGUUAAUCACCUCAUUUUCCCUAAACUUAGCGCAAUCAAACGACCACAGGACCUUGAACUCGAAGCAAAAAUCAGGCAAAUGGAGUAUAUCGAUAUAUCACAGCUGGGAAUUGCUAUUGAAGGAGGAUCCAGGGCCAAACAUGACUUGCUCAUACAGCUCGGACCUGCCAUCGAAGAAUUCAAAAAAAUAUCGAAUGCCAUGAGCCCUGCAGAAAUGAUGCAUGCUCUUUUGUCCACGAUGAAAGCUGCUUCUCAGUUGACUGAUACAUCUAGGACCCAAACGGUCAGCGGUCGAGAAGGUUGCGUGUAUGAAAAAGCAACAAUGACGAUCAAUGCAGAUACAUUGGUCUCACUCCUCCUGUACAUCGUAAUUCGCUCUCAGGUGCGAAAUUUACGGGCCAGGCUAGCGUACAUUCGAAAUUUUAUCUUUAUCGAUGAUGUCGAUAGCGGAGAAAUGGGAUAUGCCCUAAGCACGUUUGAGGCCGUACUCGCAUAUCUUGCCCUGGAUUCUGCAGGUCUUCGAAGAGCAAGCAGGCGGAACAAAGCCCUGUGGGAUGCUGCGAAGAAGACAGAUUUGUCGGGGCUGAAAGCAAUCAUGGAACCAAAUAUAUCAGCCGUCGUGGACGGGGACGACGGAGUCGAACCCAAUGGAGCCCCCGAUGAAUCCACCAGACCAAGUCGUCGUCCAUCAUCUACCUGGAGUCUACAAGAUGGCUCCUCAAGGCGCUCAUCUCUAGCACUGACCCUGUCGGACAGAUUCUCUCAUGGCUCCGGCCUAGGCCAUGUAUUUCCAUUCCAGACUAAUGGCGACUGUGAGGAGGGUGACUUCACCCUGGUUAAACGAGCUAAGCGAGUUGCCAUGGAUACUCGCAGUUUAUCAAGCGGAUCUGAAAUAUCUUUCCAUUCACGAACGGGGAGCAUUGGGACUCUGGGAAGUGCCAUCGAAGGAGACAUAUCUGUCGAGCGUCUAGCCCAAACAAGUAAUUCCUUUGGCGAGUCUGUCCUAAUGAUUGCUAUCCAAAGUGAAAACCCGGCAUCUCUGAGAUACUUGUUUUCUCUUUCCGGAUACUAUUCUCUCGAUGUAAUACUACAAGACAUGAAUCAUGAGGGCACUACUUUACUGAGUGCUGCCAUACAACUCGGUCAUAAGGAUCUUAUUGAUGUGGUCCUGGACCGGAUUAAUACAUUGGCCACAGAGGACCAACGUCUGCAAUACUUGGCUGAGCAAGACGUUUGGGGUCGCAGCAUCGGACACUACCUUUUUCACGCUCCCUUUCUGAUUACAAGGAUUGGAAAGCUGAUUCCAUGGAGGCAACGCGACAAGAAUGGCCAGACACCGUUGUUCGCCCUGUGUCGGUCCUACGACAACGAGAACUAUUAUGAUAUGGUGGAGGCUGGACUGAGGGUAGCGAGGGAAACUCAAGAUGAUAAUCAAGCAUUGCACCUUGACGACCAUGUGGAUGCCAAGGGCAAUACCCUGCUCCAUAUUAUAAAUGAUUCAAGGCUUGCAAUGAAAAUAUUGCAUUAUUGCGACAUCGACGUUAACGCCACGAAUGAGAAGCGAUUUACAGCACUAAUGGUCGCCAGUAAAUACGGAAGAUACGACAUGGUCAGGUGUCUAUUCGCCGAUCCCAGAGUGGAUGUUGCAGCAAGAGAGAUGCGUGGUCUCACUGCUGUGGAGCUUGCAAAGGAUGACGAUGUGCGGAAUAAGAUUGAUGACCUUGCUCUGUUCAGCAUGCCUGCAGGACGUGAUGGGAGGAUUACCGGCGUUGUCCGGGCCUUUUUCGUGGAAGACGGCAGCGUGAGAUUGGUUUUGAAGUCUGCCGCGCCGACUGACCACGAUAGUUACACAGUAACGACGACCAGGCGCUCUCUGGCAGAGUUCGAGCAGCUAGCCCAUCUUUUAGCGGAAGAGCAGCCCGCUUCAUGGAUUCCCUCCUUGUCUGAUACAAGGUCACCAUUUCAAAUACCUAUCAAGCCAUCUCGUGCAAUUCUGCGGGACGUUCAAGCUAAAACAGAUUGGUUUCUGAAGAUUAUGCUAAGCCAUCCCACUUUAGCCACCCACGAGAUGCUUUGGGAGUUCUUCCUUGUCCCCGAACUGCAACUUGACGCAAUGGGACAGCGUACGAAGCUAAAGGUAGAAGCCAGAAUUGAGAGAAUUAAAGAAGAGUACGAACCUAUUCGCGAUAUGAGAGAGGUGGAGCAGUUCGUGAAUCAUGCCAGAGAGAUGGUACGAAGCGUUAGCUACUCAACAAAAAGCGUUACAAGACGCGCCAACGGCGUCGGACUGGCUAUAAGUGACCUUUAUGACUCCAUGGUGCUCCUGCACAGAGCAGUAUCUUCGCUAAGAUUUCUGCCCCAAUCCCACAUCGUAGCACUGGAGGUAUAUGUAAGAGCCAUGGCUCCGACGCAAGCAAAUCCACAGGCCAUGCUACACACCACCUUGGUGGCUAUCCAAUCGACAGUCCAGGCGCUUUUGUCGUCACUUACACGACCUGCAACAUUAAUCAGUCAGAUAACAACCGCCAAACGAGAAGCCGAUAAGAAUGAUAGCGCUUCAGGCCGUUCUUCACGAUGGGUGUUGGGUCUGCUCGAUGAGACCAGGCAAAGAAUUCAAGAUGGAAGGGAGAAACGAGCUAGAAAAUACCGCGAGGAGGCCGAAGACCUCUCCAGAGAGCUGCGAUACACACAACAAACGGUGGCAGGAGAGCUGGCCGGAUGGCAGGACAUGCACGACAAAAUGGGACGGCGAGCCAUCCGGGAGUUCGCACGAGCCAUGGUCGUUCAAGAGAGAAUGCGACUAGAUGGAAUUGUUCGCGCUCUUCGAAAGUUCAGGGCGCAACGAUCGAGGGCCAAGUCGUGA